ACGUUAGCUGUGUUAGGCCAGAUCCUCGCUGUUGCCAGAUUCAUUUGGUAGCAGAUCACACCCUCUACAACCUGUUAAGACUACACCCGUUUAACUCGACUCACAACGAUGAUGCAAGCACAGCAGCUGCCAAUGGCCUCCUCCUCUUCUGCUGGUUGUCUGAAGAACACCACCAUCGCCUUUGGGGCUAUCGGCUUUUUGAUUUGGGGUAACUCCAUCGGCUUCUGCUUGGGGUACGCCAUAGGUUCAGUGUGGACCUACUAUGGCUCUCUGGUGCUGAUUCCGAUCAAUGUUGCCUACAUAUACCUCACUUCUCGAAUUAUCUUCAAUAUAUCGGCUAAGUCCUCCCCGACAGCUUCAGGCGUUGUGGACCUGCAACAGAACACGGCGCGCCUUGUCGCUUUCACCAUUGCUGGCUUCUCUGUGUGGGUCACAAGCACCGUCUGGUUCAUACAAGGCACUGAUUACUAUCACUCUGAAACCGUCAUGGUCUUCUUCUUCUGUAACUUCGGCUUCGUGUUCGCAGCUCUGGUGGCUGGGCUGGCAGGAGGCCUAAAUGAAACGUACUCCAAACAACUGUCGAUGGUCAUGGUGGGUCCACAGAUCAUUUCACCAGUUGUCCAGCAGAUGACUCCUUCAGGGACGCCUUACCAUUACCAGGGUCCAGCACCGCCCCGAGCACCUUCAUCCCAUGGCCACUCCUUCUAUCGUUGAGUAUCAUAGCAAAGUGAUCACGGAAUUGAAUGGUUGGGUGAAAUUGUUGCAAAAUCUUAAAGUUAAGUUGUUUAUCAUGAUGUAGUCGUCUCUCGUAAUAUUUUUUUUUUCUUUUCUAUAUAUUAAUUCACUGAUUGUACUGUCCCCCAAAAAUAUUUUCGUUAGCCAUGGGGUCGAUGUGAUUUGAGACCUUUGAGCAUAUAUAUAUUUAUAUGUGUGUGUGUGUGUGUGUGUGUGUUUUCGAACAACGUAAGUCGUCCGGGGAUUCAGAUCAUAUAUCACAUGAUUCGGAGUGAAUGUCGUAAACGGACAACAAUGCCAUGCCAGUCAUCACCGGGAUCUUGCAUAGAAUGAAGCGAGGAAUUAUCGACGCAACAUUCCAUAAUGUGGGCGGUGUUAUCAUUGCCUUUCACAACGAGGGUAUACGUAACACUGAGAUAGCACGACGAACUGGGGUGAGCGAACCCACAGUAUCACGAUGGGUUAGGCUACAUGAAACAACUGGUGUCUCCUUAUACUUACAACUACAAUAUCUUGCCCUAGGUGGAAGGGGGUUCAUUUGCCUGCAAGUCCCUUGAUUUGAAACCUUAUUUCGGUGUUACUUAAGCCAAUGCAAUUUAUAUAUCAGUAACAUGGCAGAUCCCAUGUAGACCGAUAUAUUGUAUAUUGCUAUAGCUGUUUCCUCUAGUAUCAAGUACUAUUUGCUUAGUCACUCUUCAUAAAUCAGACAUAUUGUGAACAACAUGAGUAGGCAUAUUGUGAAACUCCUUAUGAAUGAAACUCCGUUAGUACAACGACGUAAUGGUGAAAUGUCCGUUUUGAGGUCUCUUUCGGUCUUAGUUAUGAAGAUCAGAAACACUUCCAUUUAAUGUAUAUUUCAGUAGUGUUGUAAUCAUCAUUCAGUGGCUUGUUUAAACAUGCCCUGCUUUUACCCAACCCUAUACAUACUUAAAUACAAUUUAAUUUAAUUUUUUAUUGAAAUAUCGAUUACUGUAUGACAUACAAUCUUACAAUAAAAUUAUUGACAAAUGU